AUGAAUGGUCCAAUAAAGCUAACAUCAACGCGGGUGGUGGACAACCGGAGACAGAUCUACAUCACACCUGAAGCGGAGAGGAUCAUCUCCAACCUCCAGCCUCGCUCCGUGGACGUGGUGGCAGUGGUGGGGCCGAUGAGGAAGGGAAAGUCCCAUUUUGCCAAUCUCCUGUGCAAAAGGAAGUCUGGAUUCCCGCUUGGAGACGAAAUGGAGUCGAAAACAAAGGAUUUCUGGUUCUGGAUCGGUCCCCACCCCGUUCAGACCAACCGGUAUCUGAUGGUUGUCGACACUGAAGGCCUCGGUGACUACUCUGAAGAGGAACAGAACGAGAAAGAUAUGAAGUAUCUGGUUUUGGCCACCCUGCUUUCAAACCACCUGGUCUUCAACCUCCAGGGUAACCCAGACCACAGCUUUGUUUCUCAGCUCAGGUUGAUGGGGGAUCUCGCAGAGCAUGUCCGUGUUCAGAAAGAUGGUAACGACGUAGGGAACAAUCUUGGCAACCACUUCCCUGAGCUGUGGGUGGCCGUGCAAGAUGCGCAUCUUAAACCUCCUCAAAGGAACGGAAGACGCCUAUCCCCUGAUGAGUUCCUGGAGGACAUGUUGGAGCGAAAAGACGGUCACACGAAAUCAAUCCGUUCUCACAACGAGAUGACUGAAGCAGUGAAGGCGUUCUUCCCGAAGCGGCAUCUUCGACUUAUUCCUGCACCUUCCAUUGACUCCGAUAUUCUCAGCAACCUUGACAGAGCAGGGGAUGACGCUCUACAGACAGAUUACAAAGACACCGUUGACAACUUCACCCGUGAGAUCUGGAACUCCGGCAUGGUGAAGAGGGUCAACGGGGAUGACAUAAGAACCACCGGUCUUCUUCAUAUCAUGCGGUACUACGUCAACGCCAUCAACGACCCAAACGCUCUGCCGUCAGUCCUCGGUGCUUACGAGGCCAUGGCAGAAGGAGAGUACAGUCGGGCUUUCGAAGAUCUGAUGAAACAGUUCCAGGAGACUGUUGAGAAAACAGUGAAACCACUGAUGCCGACUGACGAGGAGGCCUGUAACAGGCGCAUUAAGACUGCAGCGGAGGGUGCAGUCUCCAAGCUGUCUGCAGACGUGGGGAAGUGGGACAAAGUUGGAACGUGGAAGAAACGUCUUCAGAGGAAACUCGACGCAGAGCGUAUUGCCCUGGUCAAGCUUAACAGCGACAAAUCUAAGGAACUCUGUGAGGCGAUCAUCAAAGAAGUCGACCAGCAGGUCCGACAGAAAGUGGGGAGGGGCGAUUACAACAGAAUCGAUGGAUUCAAUACUUACGUUAGAGAGAUGGAUGCCGUAUACAGCGCCUACAGGCAAAAAGCUUCUGGAAAAGGCCCGGCAGUUGAGAAAGUACUGGAGACCUUCCGCGCCACGGAGAUGACCAGGAGGGACACGAUCAGGGACACUGAUGACAAACUAGUGGAGGAAGAUCGUCGGGUAAAGGAAGAGCAGAGAAUGAAACAAGAGGCCGGGGCAGCAGCAGAAAGAGCCGUUGAGAAGGAAAAAGUGGCGAAAGCUGAAGCAGCGAGGGCCGCCGAGGCACAGAGGCGUGCUGAAGCCGAGAGGGAUGCGGAAGCAGCGAAGAGACGGGCUGCAGAGGCUGAAGCUGAAGCUGCCAGACAAGCACGGAGAGAGGAGGAACGGAGAAAUAUUCUGGAAAUCGUUCUGGAUCUUUUUGGCCUUUGAACAUGCAUUCGUGCUGAAGUGGCAAAGUAGCAAGAUGCAAUUGUAGUUGUCAAUCCUCAGGGUGAUAUUUAGAACAAUUUGAUUACAAUACGAUGCAACUGCGAAGGUAAACACACCUACAUAGAUAAGGAUUGAUAUAUAAUGGGUUAUUACGCACCAUUGCACUGUUGAAGAUAACGUCAGGUACUUAAUGAUACCUUGAAAGGUAAGCUGUUCUCCUCCAAUUAAAAAUAUUAGAGUCAAGGUUCCUUUAAAAACGAUUGGCAUAUAUGUAUUGUAAUGCUAUACUUUACAAGGUAGUACAAAUAUACUUAAAGCAAUGUUCGUCCAGCAGUUUUUAACGUCAUUGUAUUCUGACGAAAUUAUACCAUUACUGCGAAACCAGGACAGUUCUAAUUAAAACUUGACAUGUUACUUUACGUAUCUCGAUACAUUGUAAGAUUGGUAACUGUUACCCUCUGCCCUUGUAUGAUUUUCCUCAGAUCUUUCAUGUUAUGUUGCUGUAGAGCGCUUGGUGGAAAAUAAAUUAUAGAAUGCUAAUGUGCACUCAGUGCUGUCGAUUUAUGUCAUUUUUUUGUAAGAAUAGCCGCGCAAAGAACAAUCUGUAAUCAAAGUGGCAUAUAUUCGAGUGACAAUAUAAACUGGCAGAUCGGAUAAUGUACAAUAAAACGUUUCCAUUUGGAAUUUU